UAAAGCUAAUUUGAAAGUGAAAAUAAUGUUUUUAAAUCUUUUUAAGUAGACUGAGAGUCUGAUGUGAAAAAUCUGAUGAAUUGUUUCCAGUGAAAAUUUCUGAAACUGAAAGACCCUGUGGAAAUCAACAAGUUUCACAAGAAUUUCUCAUUUUUGUCUUCCUGUGGUAUUCUCAGAGCUGAAUAAAGGUCAGGCCAGGAAGUCCUUGAUUGUAAAUCUCCCUAGAACACCUUGAUGCUCUUCCUGAACGCAAUGAAUGGGAGAGAAGAGUGAGAAAGAUUUCUGCUGUGCAGGUUAUGGGAACUAGCUGAUACAGAGACGUUUUCUGCCGACAACGUCAUCAGAGACUGGGCACAUGAGCAAAUCACCGAGUUCUGCAAAGAUGUGGUGACUCAGUAACUUGGUUCUCAUACACUGCCCUUUUCCUUGAUGCUCCAUACUGCUCAUUUCUGUCUGAUACUUGGGGUAGAACAAGGUGCUGGUACCCAGAAGUGCUCCCGGAAAGGAUAACACUGGGUUGGAUAACAUAUAUACAAUAUGGGAUGUAUAAUCCGAAGUGAUGUCCGUAAUUGUACCAGAAAAAAAUCACCUGAGACUUCAUCAGUCMUUACAGUGCAGAAGAUUGGAGGUUUCUCCUGUAACUCUUGGAUGUCUCAGUGCAUGAUCUGAAAACACCCUGGAAAGCCUAAAGUCCAGAGAGAGAGAGACCAGCUGUGUGUGUCGCUUCAGAGUCACAAUCAGGAAUUCUUUUGGAGAAGACACCUCAUCCCAGGAAAUAAGGAGUUUUGACUAGGACUGUGCAGGGCUUAGAUCCCUGCAGGAUCCUCCGUGGAAAAUUCAUCCUGGCUUUGCGGUGGACAUCACCAUGCCUUUGCUGCCUUGCUUAAGGAAGAAGAAGUCACCCAUGCCCUUAGGCAGGAGUGUCUUCCAGAAACACAACCCUCCGGUCCAGCAGAACUACCAGGCAUUGCUAGAGACGUGCUUGAAGAGUAAGUGCCUGUUCACAGAUGAGAAUUUCCCUGCUCACAUCAGCUCCAUCGGGAUGGGGGCACUGCUGAAGAAACUCCCCCCAAAGCUGCAGUGGAAGAGGCCACAUGAUUUACAUAGCAGUCCAGUAUUUUAUGCUGCAAACAGAAAGCAACUUGAUCUCUGCCAAGGAUUAGUGGGGAACUGCUGGUUCCUCGCUGCCUUGGAAGCGCUGACGUUCCACCAAGACAUCCUGGCUGCAGUUGUGCCACAAAACCAAAGCUUUGACAGGAAAUACGCUGGCAUUUUCCACUUCCGGUUCUGGCACUUUGGUAAAUGGGUUGAUGUGGUGGUUGAUGAUCUCCUACCAGUGAAUGAAGCAGGGGAGCUGGUCUUCGUUUCCUCAGUCUACAAGAAUGUGUUCUGGGGAGCCCUUUUGGAGAAGGCAUAUGCCAAACUCUAUGGCUCCUAUGAGGAUCUGCAGAUUGGGCGAGUUUCAGAAGCCUUGGUGGAUUUCACAGGUGGUGUUAAUGUAACGAUCAAGCUGGCAGCAGCUCCUCCUGAUCUGUGGGAUAUCAUGACAAGAGCAACCUACAGCAGAUCUCUCAUGGGCUGUCAGACACAUUCAGGGAUAACAAAGGUCCUGAAGAAUGGGCUUGUUGCUGGUCAUGCCUACACGGUGAUUGGUAUUAGAAAGGUGACUUGUCACUAUGGACCAGAAAACUUAGUGAGACUGAGAAAUCCAUGGGGGAAAAUUGAAUGGAAAGGAGACUGGAGCGACAGCUCUUAUAAAUGGGAGUUGCUGAGUCCAAAGGAGAAGAUUUUGCUGAGGAGAAAGAAGGAGGAUGGAGAAUUCUGGAUGUCUCUGCAAGAUUUUAAGGUUCAUUUUGUAGAUCUGAUUAUCUGUAAAUUAACUCCAGACUUGAUGAGCCAGGAAGAUGGGAAGAAGUGGAUGUACUCGCUGAAGAGUGGGAGAUGGGUUAAAGGAAGCACAGCAGGAGGAAGCCGGGAAUUYCGCAGCGACACAUUUUGGAUGAACCCCCAGUACUGGCUCAGAGUUUUACCAGCUGAAGAGAAUAGGAAAAGCCUGGGCUCCUGCAAAGUGCUUAUAUCCCUGAUCCAGAAACACAGCAGCAAACACCGGAACCGAGCUCGUCAUCAUUUCAUUGGCUUUUCCCUCUACAAGAUGGGCCUCCAGUUCCAGGAGAGCAACAGAAAGCUGCCCCCRGCAUUUUUCUCUCAGCACCAGCCUGUGAACAACCACCGGCUCUUUGUGGAUGAGCGGGAGGUGUCYCUGGACUUCCACCUGGAGCCUGGUGUCUAUGUGAUUGUCCCGUGCACCCUGGAGCCUCAUCAGGAGUCCGAGUUCAUCCUGCGAGUCUUCUCCCGCAAGCAUGUCCUUUGGGAGAUGGGUGGGAACCCCAGYUUCACUCUCUCCAAGGAAAUUGUYGAUAGGUAUGAGGGCAAGAUUUGGGAAGAUUUCUUUGCAAAGCAUUUUGAACAGAAUCCUGAAAUAAAUGCUGUUCAGCUCCAGAGGAUCCUGAAUAAUGUAUCUUGGAGAAAUUUCCAGAGCUUUCACCUGAGGUUCAGCCUGGAUGCCUGCCAGGGUAUUUUGGCCCUCCUGGAUCUGAAUGCCACUGGCACRCUGAGUAUUCAGGAGUUCAGAGUCCUCUGGAAGAGGCUGCUUUUCUACUUGGAAGUUUUCCAGAAAAGAGACAUCAGCAGAUCUGGAAGGCUUGACUUGGUGGAGUUGCAUGCAGCUGUACAGGAGACCGGCAUCUCACUUAGCAAUGAGGUCUGUAACCUGAUGGCCAUCAGAUACGGCAACCCGGACUUGCAGAUCAGCUUUGAGAGCUUCGUGUGUUUCAUGCUGCGCGUGGAGAUCAUGGGAGAGGCCUUUCGCAACUUAACGCAAGAUGGCAAAGGGAUCUACCUCCGGGAGUCCGAGUGGAUGAUGAUGACUCUGUACUCCUGACACGACAUGAUGACUCCUGACAGGCUGCAGAGGAGAGGACAAUCCUGUACCACGAUCAGGAAGGCGGUUUUAUAUCUACAAUCUGUGUGCAUCAGACUUUCUGGGCUUACCUCUGCAGUCUUUCUUUGCAUGAAGGUUUCACCUAAAGCAGAGCUGAUCUAAUGCCCAUAGACUCAGUGAAAUGAAGUUUUACUAAUUAAUGUAUUUAUUUUAAGCCUUAUUUCAUGUUAGCUAUCCCUUUUGAGAGCAGACUGCUGCUAUGGGUGCACAGUGGGGCACCAUGGAGGCUGAGUCAUUGGGGCUGCUACUUAAUGCUGAUACUACAUUACUGUUAUAGUACGAUAUAUACUGUGGUAGUGUCCACAGGCUGUGCUUAGUGAUGGGGCUGUACUGUGCUCAGCCUCUCGAGCCUGGGAGAGGAACAGUCCUUGCCCCUAAAAGGACAAUUCCCAGUUCUGCAGCUGCGAGACCCAUGGUUUUUGGGUCUGUGCACUUGGGGGGAGGAAAGAGUAGAGGCUUCCUGAACUAAGAAGUGGAAACUGGAUGCAUAACUGUGAACAGUAUUAGAGAAUAUGUUGGAAGCAGUGCUGUUCAUGUGAAACACUGUCCAUGUUACUUGAUAUAGCUGUCUAGAGCACCUUUUUUUUUUUUUCACUUUUUUACCAUUUAACUAUUUGGGCUGGAAGUUUCCACACUAAAUGCCUGGCACAGGUUGCCCUUUUGACUUUGCUGCAUUCCUGUGGGAAGAAUGGUGGUCUCUUCUCCAGCAUGUGGUCUAAGCUGGGUACAGAAUGAAAAUGGGACUUCUGUGGGAGCAAUCACACAAUGAAAGACCAUGCUCUAACACCUCUGUAGGAAGGAGUUUAUAUUAAGYUUAUUUAGACAGCCUUCCCUGUUUCUAAAACUUUAGUGUUUAAUCUCCUAGAUGCCCAUUAGGGGUAUGUGUGAGGAAGACUGUGGAUUAAAGGUAAACCAUAAACCAAGAAAACCUGAGCUCAGAUAUGUGCUGCCCUCUGCACUGAAGUCUGUGCRACAGUAUGAGUGUAUUUGGAGAGAAAGCCUAUUUUGUGUAAGCAUUCCCAAUCAGCACUCAUUAACCAUUUAAGAUGACAGCCUGCUCCUUGUUCCCUAGCACAGCCUGCUUCUAGGCCGCCUUACUUUCACACUGGUUUUAUGAGAAGUGCCUUUGUUAGAAGCAGGUAAGUAGAUAGCUCURGUUGCACUUGUUCUGGCUCUAGCAGCUGAUCUGUGCGUCGUGAGCAGCCUCUGUGGUGUCACUGGAGAGGCAGGACAGGCUGCAGGGCUCCUGACAGGGGUGUCACAGCAUUGACACCCGCCAGGCUCCUGGGGAGGCUCCCAGCUUGAAGCACCUGCCCUCUCCCAGCUCUCAUGCCUCUGUUCCCUUCUCUGCCUCACACCUGAGUGCACAGACUA